AUGUCGAGCACAACGCAAAACAAUGGACUUGGAAAGGACUACAAUUUGAGUCAAAUCGUUGCUCUUGGCUUCACCUAUCGGCAUAUUUUGGAUGCAUGCCAGUGGUUCCCGGCUUUGACGAUGAUGGCUCCGAUAGGUCUGAAAGUGGUCUUCUUCCUUGCUGAUGCACUGACAAAGAAGCAUUCAUUCCUUACGGUGGUGUUGACUGUAUGCGCGACCAUUUUGUUUCGGCAAAUGACGAGAUCAUUUGCUCCAUCGGCCAAGCAAGCCGACGAAGAUUUGGCUCGCUACAAGCGCCGCAUCCCCAUCGGCGCAUUCAUUCUUAUGACCUUGAUUGUUCGAUUCGUCGUCGUCCGAUUUGAAGAGUUUUCUGGAUGGACGAAGCUUUUGACUUGGUCACCGAGUUUUUCAUUCGGUGUAGCGGUUCAACUUGCUCUUGGAAUGUUUUUCCUCAGCAUAUCAGUCAUUUUCCAGUACAUUGGCCCUGCAUCAGUCGUGCGCUGUUCGUCUUCUCCACUCUUGGAGAAUCCUGUAUCUGGCUGGAUCAAGACUGCAGGAGCAAAUCUGCAACACUCCCCCGCAGCAUUCGCGGACUUCAUUUCGAAACCGAGCGAAAUCAAUGCCUCGUCUACUCGGUGGUCAAGUGCUGCUAAUGCUCGUCGGCUACAGCGACCAAAACUUAGGACAACAGCUCAGCAAUUGCUAGCGUCUAUCAUCAUUGGUGCAAUGGUGGCAUACACAUGUGCAGUGCCGAUCUUUUCCUCUUGGUUUCCGUCUGGGUCACCCGGCACAAUAGUGGCUUCUUGCAUAUUUGCUGUUGCCAUCAAUCUCUUGAGUCGCCUGGAUGGAGUCUCGCACGAGAUUAGUCCCUACCGUCAUCGAUUCGGUGCUCGGUCAGAUAGAGGACUCUUUGGCGAGUUGUCCUACUCCAACCCCUCGUUCAUCAUUAUCGCUUGCGUCGUGGUGCCCAUUCUUUCUCUCUUGUCAUCGUAUCUUGGUUCUCGGGAGCUAAAUUCAGGUUCCUUGGCCUCAUUCAUGGCGUGUCCUAUUACUACGUGGCUGAUAAUCUUCUAUUUGAACUUUGUUGACGAGGAAUUGCGAAAGGCAUUGUGUGCUACGCCGGUCAACAUGAAGAGAACAGUCGACGAAAUUUCGGGAGAAGAAAGUAUGCAAACGUACUUGGACGUGACCAUGUGCAGCAUCUUGCACUCUGACUUGGCUCUUGUGGAGCAGCUAUCUGCUAUUGGAAGGGUGCGACUGCUCAGUUUGGAUCGUGAAGAACGAGUGCUGAACGAAGAUGCAAUGAAAAGUAUGGCAAACAAUCUUCUUCAGAAGACUUCUGGUGAUGAGAAUGGGGCACACCUCGAGGAAGAUAUCUUUCGACUAUCGAUUUUGUCAUCACUUGGUGGAUCAGGGAAGGGUGCACCACCUUUUGAUGACGCUGGAACACACCAUUUACAGAAUAUCAGAUUGUGGGUUCCGGCACCGAAAGCGGACAAAGAUGGGGCGUCUCGCAAUGAAAUUUCUCCAGUUCCCUUGGUUCGAGCACUUUGUGCUUUGGGAGGCGGGUUUGGAGAAGCCUUGGUCAUGUGCUCUGCGCAACCUACGAGCUCGCCUGUCUUUCCUUGGUCAGUGCCACCGGGGGCUCUGGUGCAGUCAGAAUAUGCCAUCCGUGCAGCCGCUCGCUGCAUUGUUUGCAGCCUUGUGAACUCUUCCCGGUGCCGGACAGAUUGGAGAAGCUCUCAUCUGUCCAUGAUGAUCCCAGUCUUUCUGAAUUCUGCUUCUCGGCUACAGACCGGGACUGUCCGAUACGCAGAGAGAAAGCGGGCUUUCAAGCAAGCUAUCGCCACAAAGCAAAAGCUCCAGUCGAAAGCUCUUUCGAUAGGUCUAGAAAUUUCGUUCCAUCCAGAUCAAGACCGUCACCUUCUGCAGAUGGAAAGUCCCGAAUUGCUUCCAGUCUACAACGCGUGCGACAGUUCCGCAACAAUGAUUCUAGAACAGCUGAACUCGUUGGAUGGCGGCAGCAAAGACCAUGGGUUCAGACUUGAGGGGGUAACGAGACGAUGGGUGCAGCAUCUUGCUGAUAUCAUUGGAUCGAUGACGAACCAAUCGACCAAUGCCGUUAUGCCUUCUGCAUACUAA